AUGGCGGAAGAAGGCGCAUUGUAUAAAGUCUCUAUUUUGCUCGACGGUUAUGGUUACACAGAUGAGGAAAACAGAUAUAGAGCUAAUGGAACAAGUACUUUAAUCACUGGGCCUAAUAACAGAAUAAUCGUGGACACGGGAAGCCCAAGGGAUAAACAACGUCUGCUUGAUAAACUGAAACACCUCGGUCAUACACCAGAAGAAGUAAACUUUGUGGUCUGCACUCACGGCCAUAUAGAUCACGUUGGAAAUUUGAACCUUUUCCGAACGCUGUCCAAAUGGUGUCUCAUGAUAUAUUGCAAGAGCAGGAUUAUUACGCCGAUCUUCCCGAAAAUUUCGACAAAGGAACACCGUAUUGCAUUGAUGGUGAAACUGUCCAGGUUAUUUCUACUCCAGGACACACGUUCUCAGAUGUAA